AUGGCCGCUGAAACAGAUGCAGCCACCGCGCCAGCCCAGCAUGUGGCGAGCGGCGCGCAUUCAGAGCAGUCCAGCGACCCGAGAUUCCAGACGGAUAACUCUGUGUCGCGCAAACCGCAGCCAAAGCAGCAAUUAUCAAAGGCCAUGGAGCACAUGCGCUUCGCAGUCACUGCAGACCCCAUUCCGCAUUCGUCGACGCCAAAAUCACCGCCACAGCAGCCCGCACGAGAUGCGUCGUCUCCCUCUACAGAACAGCAACAGAUUCCCGAAAAUGAUGCCUACGGGGUCCCCGCCUCCUUCGCCCCCGUGCGCGCCCCGCAGUCUCGCUCCCACGACCCGUCCAACAACCAAAAGCGCAGUGAUCCCUUUGCCUUUGGCAGCCGCUACCUCGAAGAAGGCGACGACAUAUUCGAGUUCAACGCCUGGGACCACGUAACCGUCGACGCCAACUACCUCGCCUUUUCCGAAGAGCAGUACUCGAAGCAGCGCUCCGAGCCCGUGUCCGAAUUCGACCGCAAGCGCUUCAACGAGCAGCCCGAGAAGUGGUGGAACCAGUUCUACAAGAAUAACAAGACAAACUUCUUCAAGAACCGCAAGUGGCUGGCGCAGGAAUUCCCUAUUCUCGAGGAACUCGGCGCCGAAGACGGGCCUGAGGCGACUUUGUUGGAGGUUGGUGCUGGGGCGGGCAAUAGCGCUUUUCCAAUCUUGCAGCGGAGUAGGAAUAAGAGACUCAAGAUUCAUGCGUGCGACUUUUCGAAAAAGGCUGUCGAACUCAUUCGCAAUCACGAACUCUACAACCCAGAGCUCAUCCAAGCCGAUGUGUGGGACGUGGCUGCGUCCCCAGACUCAGACAAUGGAGGCCUACCGCCGGGGCUCUCUGAAGGAAGCGUAGACGUCGUACUCAUGAUUUUCAUCUUUAGCGCGCUGAGCCCCAAGCAAUGGGACCAAGCAGUGCGCAACAUCUGGCGCGUCCUCAAGCCCGGCGGCCAAGUCCUCUUCCGCGACUACGGCCGCGGCGACCUCGCGCAGGUGCGCUUCAAAAAGGGGCGCUACAUGGAAGAAAACUUCUACGUGCGCGGCGACGGAACCCGCGUUUACUUUUUCGAGCAAGAAGAGCUCCAGCAGAUUUGGGCUGGAAAAGAAUCGCAGCUGCGUGAUACUCAGACGGGGAAUGUCGCUGAUACUACUACCAUCACAACAACAACAACAACAGAAGACCCCCACGCCCUCGCAGACAAAAUCCAAAACAUCGACCUCAGACAUCCAGACGUCCAGUCCCCCGCCCAAGCCAACGCCGACGCCGCCGACCUGCUCACCCCGCGCCCUGCCUUCCAAGUCGCCCACAUCGGCGUCGAUAGACGCAUGCUUGUCAAUCGCCAGCGCAGACUCAAAAUGUAUCGUUGCUGGUUGCAGGCCGUGUUUCGAAAGGCGGGCGAGGAGAGUUGUGUGCCGACGAGGUACAAGAUGGAGGAGAAAUAG